UUCGGUAUUCGGGGCCUCCUCCAUGGAUCGACGGCUAAUCCAAAAUUCAGAGCGACUACGCCGGGGCCAUUAAGUCGUCGAAAGUGCGGUGUUUCUUGCCAGGGAAAUACAGAAAGUUGAACACCCCGAGUAUCAAGUAUACGCGGCGUUAUCUUGAUCCGCCCGAUUGCCGUUGUCGGUUAAUUUAAUCUCAAACUCACGCGGCAAACAAUAACAACGUUGUGCAAUUCAAGGUUUAAAUGUGAUUUAAAAUUGUGUCAACCAGUACUCGCAAUCUGCGAUUGCGAACAUUAAAAAUGAUAGAUAUAGAUAUGAAAGCGGCCCCAGCAUCAGCGAACCAGUGCGAAAACCAACAGCAGUCGACGUUCAAAAUGAUGUUAUGAUAAAGCGACAAGCAAAUAGCAGCCAGCAACUAGCAACACAGCAACUAGCAACCAGCAACUAGCAACACAGCAACAUAGCAACACAGCGACAACAGCAACACGAAUUUCCCGCCUCCCAGAUGGCGGACAAAAAAGAAGCCACCACACCCGACCAGGUGGUGAUCAGUCGUGCCCCGCCCACCGGCUUAACGCCCUUGAGGCACAGCCAACUUUCGGAUAGCGGAGCGGAGAGCUGCUACGAUGGCGACGAGCAGGCGCGACUGAUCCGCUCAUCCUCGUCGCGGGCCCACAAGUUCAUCAUCAUUCCGGCCACGCCGGGAACUCCACCGGGAACGGUUUCCGGAGGAUCUGGACCUGGAGCACUGCCCUUUCGCCAGACCAGCUCCACCACCUCGCUGGUGGCCAUGGCGGCUGCUCUGCACAAACAGCCGCCUCAUCGCCAGGCAACGCCAGUCAAAUCCCGGCCCAGUUCGGAGGUACUGCAGCCGGGCCAGGUGCAGACUCAGCCACCCAUAGCCGCCGAAUCCACCUCCACGGUGACCUUCACCAUCGACGAUUGCGAUGGGCAAGUUGCUGGUCUUGCUACCGUUCCCGUGCCCGCCAUCUCACCCACUCCCGCCACCCUGACCUGCACCACCACCACCACCAUGGCCGGGGAUGCGGUGGCCAUGUCGCCGCUCAGCAUGGAUCUGCGAUCCCGGAUAGGCAGCCACCACAGUAGCAUGCGCUCCGUGGUCUCAGGUUACCUUCCGGGUCUGAGCGACAGCAGCGGCAAUCUGGUCGGAGGCAUAUCGAUGCCCACUUCCGGAUUACAGGCCCCCAAUCCGCUCUAUAUGCAACCGCAGGCCUCGCUGAGCGGCAGUUCCUAUCAGUUUCACGACCUGACCGGCAACCAGAUCUACUCCGAUGUGACCUCCGUUCGCUCGCUGGCCUCCAUUGGCAUUGGGUCCACGGACGGACGCAAGCUGGUCAUCCGGCGAGUGCCCACCACAGCCAACGAGCUGUUCGACAUGGUCAACCCGCAGACGCCGCCACCCCUGGGCAUCGAUGACGACGACAGCUACUUGGACAUGUCCGACGAGACUGCCCACCUGAAGCCGCGCCAGCAGCACUGGGCCAACAAGAUGCAGUUCGUCCUGGCCUGCAUAGGAUACUCGGUGGGACUGGGAAAUGUUUGGCGGUUUCCCUACAUGUGUUACAAAAGUGGCGGUGGUGUUUUUCUAGUACCUUAUUGCAUAAUACUGUUCAUAUGCAGCAUUCCGCUGCUCUUCAUGGAGCUGUCUGUGGGCCAGUACACCGGAAGAGGACCCAUCGGGGCACUGGGUCAACUGUGUCCACUGUUCAAAGGAGCCGGACUCGCCAGCGUGGUCGUCUCGUUCCUCAUGUCCACCUACUAUAGUGUCAUCAUAGGCUACUCCAUCUACUAUUUCUUCACAUCGUUCAAAACGGAGAUGCCCUGGAUUGACUGCAGCAAUAGAUGGAACACACCUGAUUGCUGGGUGCCGCAGCGCAAGGAGAUGAAUGCCAGUGCUCCAGACACAUCUCGCACUCCCUCCGAGGAAUUCUUCGAAAACAAGGUCCUUCAGAUUAGUGGUGGCCUGGAAUAUCCUGGCAUGAUGCGCUGGGAGCUGUUCGCCUGCCUGAUCUGCGCCUGGCUGAUGGUCUACUUUGCCACCUGGAAGUCGAUCAAGUCGUCGGCAAAGGUGCGCUACUUCACGGCCACCUUUCCCUUCGUACUGAUCAUCAUCCUGAUGGUCAGGGCUGUGACCUUGGAUGGGGCUGCCGAGGGCCUGCGCUUCUUCUUCCGGCCCAAAUGGUCGGAGCUGAAGAACGCCAAUGUGUGGAUCAAUGCCGCCUCGCAGAACUUCAACUCGCUGGGCAUCACCUUCGGAUCCAUGAUCUCCUUUGCCAGUUACAACAAGUACAAUAAUAAUAUCCUGCGGGACACGGUGGCGGUGAGUGCGGUUAACAUGAUCACCAGUCUCCUGGUGGGCAUCUUUGCCUUCUCCACGCUGGGCAAUCUCGCGCUGGAGCAGAAUACCAAUGUGAGGGAUGUGAUAGGCGAUGGACCCGGGAUGAUCUUCGUGGUUUAUCCCCAGGCGAUGGCCAAGAUGCCGUAUGCCCAGCUCUGGGCGGUCAUGUUCUUCUUCAUGCUCCUCUGCCUGGGUCUCAACUCCCAGUUCGCCAUCGUGGAGGUGGUGGUCACAUCGAUUCAGGACGGAUUCCCGCGUUGGAUCAAGCGGCAUCUGGGCUAUCAUGAAAUAGUGGUCCUCUUCGUCUGCGUCAUCUCGUGCCUCUUUGGAAUGCCCAACAUCAUCCAGGGUGGCAUCUACUACUUCCAGCUGAUGGAUCAUUAUGCCGCCUCCGUGACGAUCAUGUUCCUGGCCUUCUGUCAAAUGAUCGCCAUUGCCUGGUUCUACGGCACCGGAAGAUUGUCGAAGAAUGUCAAGCAGAUGACGGGGAAGGCGCCUUCGCUUUAUCUCAGAUCCUGCUGGCUGGUCCUGGGACCUUGUCUGCUCUUCGCCAUCUGGGUGCUGAGUCUGAUCAACUACCAUGAGCCCACCUACCACAAUGGACGCUACACCUAUCCGGAUUGGGCCUAUGGAAUAGGCUGGAUGUUCGCCUCCUUCUCGCUGAUCUGCAUACCCGGUUAUGCGGUGAUCAACUUCCUGCGCUCCAGUGGGGACACCUUUUGGGAGCGCAUCCGGAACACGCUGAGACCAAACAUCUACGAGUGCAAGAUCUGCGGCGAACACCACUGCGAACACGACUUUCCCGAGCAGGAGCAGUUCAUGCUGGCCCAGGAAAUGGCCACCAUGUACAAGCCAACCAACCACCACCUGCUCCAUCACGGCCAGAAGUCUGGAUACAACGCCAUGCACGCCUCAUCCUCUCAUGCGGAGGCUGGUGGACCCAGUGGCCCAUAGCUUUUAGGAACCUCUUCCAAAAUUAGCUAUUUCUGAGUAUUUUUAACGAAUCAUUCUUGUAAGUUAACAGCAGAAACUAAAGUAUUUAAAUAAAUUGUAGUACGAGACGAUUGGAUUUAAA